AUGUCAGACAACAUUCCUUUCGAAAUCCAAGAGAUAAUCAUGAACAAGCUUCCAGUGGAACCGUUGAUUCGAUUCCGAACAGUCUGCAAAGCAUGGAAGUCCCUCAUCGACAGUUCCGAUUUCAUUCGAAAUCAUAUCACCCAACAGAAUCAGCAACAUCUGCUCGUAGGGUAUCAUGAAGCUCUUCAUCUCCCGCUAAAAUAUGUUUCAAUUCCUGACGAUGAUACUGCUACUUUCCCCCAUCAUAAGGUUCCUGUUACUAUUCCCCAAUUGGUAGUUAAUUCGAUUAAUCAUCAUCCUUAUUAUACAAGAAUUGACAGCUCUCACGGAUUAUUGUGUUUGUUCGGUACCAACAAUAAAGCGGUUAUUUGGAAUCCUUCUAUUAGGAAAGCGGUUGAUGUUGUUCUGCCUCAUAUGGUUGAUGAUGGGAUACAUGAAAAUGUGUUAGGGUUUGGGGUUUGUCCGGAGACUAUAGACCCGAAGAUUAUUAAAAUUGGGACUAAUAUGAAAGAUUUGAUCCCGUGGCAAGUUGAGGUGUUUACGUUAAGCGCUAGGGUUUGGAGAAGUGCGUAUAGUGGCAAUCUUCUGAGUAAAUCUGUUAGGUUUAGUGGAAACCAGGUGGUUGUAGGUGGAGUUGUUUAUUUUAUUGUUAGUGAUAGGGUUGAUGGUAGAGAUGGGUGUGGUAAUUUGAUUAUUUCGUUUGAUCUGACAAGUGAAGAGUUUGGAGAAGUGAAACUUCCAGAUAGCCUAACUUAUACUCGUUGUAAUUUGUCUAUGCGUAAGCUAAGGGAGUCACUUGUUGUGAUUGAAGACUGUCUAGAGGAACUCGGUCCAGAGGAAGUCGGUCGAGGGUACUAUAAACGAGUUUACCAUAUAUGGAGGAUGGAGGAUGGUGUUUCAAAGUUGUUUGAAAAGCUCUUCUCUAUCGACUACUCACCAGAUGGAUCAGACGUUGAUAUAAGGGGCUUUAGGAAGACUGGUGAAGCUUUACUAGAAUGGCUAGUUCCUCCUGACUUCGAUAGCACACUUGCUGCUUAUGAACCUUAUUCUAAAGCCAUCACUACUCUUGGGAUUAAUGGAAGUUUUAUUUCUGUGUAUUCCUUCCAAGAAACAUUGCUUCUGCUUUGA